AUGUUUGGACGCCCCCCCUCCUCCUCCAUUGACGAGGAAGAGCUCCUCGCCGCCGCCGCCGCCGCCAACGGCGUGGCCGCGCUGCGCGCCCUCACGGCGAGCGAGCUGCUGCGCGGCAAGUUUGCCGCCAACGGGGGAUGCGGCUGGGUGCUCAAGCCGCCGCGGCUGCUCUGCGGCGCGUCCGCCGCCGCCGCAUUGGCGCCCGCGCCGUUGCUGCUGCGCGUGUCCGUGCUGAGCGGCCACGACCUCCCGCCUCCGGAGCCGGGGCUGAUCGAGCGCUCGCUCAUGCGGUCCACCAGCCGGUCAAGCCGCAGGUCGCUGUUCGCGUCGGAGGGCAGUGGCGGAGGCGGCCGGCCGGACUCGCCGGGAAGCCCGAACCGCUGCAAACCGCCCGCCAGGAAGAGCGCGGUGGACCCGUUUGUGGUCAUCGAGGUCACGGGCGCGGCGGCGGACGCGGCCGACACGUGCAGCGCGCGCACGCAGACUGUGGCGGAGCCGGACGUGGCCGUGCUACUCUUUACCGUGUGGGACGACGACGUGCUGUCGGCGGACGACUUCAUGGGGCAGUACGCGCUGCCCGUCCGCUGCCUAAGGCGCGGUGUGCGGUGCGUCCCCCUCAGGCGCGCAGACGGCACACCGCAUGAGGGCGCGCCGUGCCUGCUCGUCCGCGUGGAGAGCGAGAGUCAGAAGCAGGAGGGGAAGGCGAUAUGA